CAAACAAAAUUCUACCUGGUUUUUACGCAAUUUUUAUAUUGUUCAGUGCUCAAAACGGUGCAAAUAGUCCUCAAAAAUGCCGGUGGACAUCAACCGGCUAACGGAUGGCUGGUUGGAGUUGGAAUCUGACCCGGGUCUGUUCACCCUACUGCUAGAGGACUUUGGCGUCAAGGGUGUCCAAGUGGAGGAAAUCUACGACCUGCAGAAAAACAUCGAAGGGCCAGUGUUUGGCUUUAUUUUCCUAUUUCGCUGGAUUGAGGAACGCCGAGCACGUCGGAAAAUUGUUGAAACGACCGAGAUUUACGUGAAAGACGAGGAAGCAGUGAACAACAUAUUCUUCGCCCAGCAGGUGGUUCCGAACAGUUGUGCAACCCAUGCACUCCUAUCUGUACUGCUAAACUGUUCCGAUAUUGAUCUGGGAACGACGUUGAGCCGACUGAAAGUGCACACUAAAGGAAUGUGUCCGGAGAAUAAGGGCUGGGCCAUUGGGAAUACGCCAGAACUGGCAUGUGCCCAUAACUCGCACGCAAUGCCCCAGGCCAGACGGCGAAUGGAUCGCAAUUCCGGAGUUAGCACUGGGCGAUUCACCGGGGAAGCAUUCCACUUUGUAAGUUUCGUUCCGAUCAAUGGUCAUCUUUUCGAGCUGGACGGUCUAAAGCCAUUCCCAAUGGAUCAUGGCCCAUGGGGUGAAAAGGAAGCUUGGACCGAUAAAUUUCGUCGUGUGAUGUCCGAUCGUUUGGGUAUAUCCACGGGAGAACAGGACAUCCGCUUCAAUCUCAUGGCGGUUGUUCCGGAUCGUCGAAUCGCCAUCACCCACAAGCUGAAAAUGCUGCGAACCAAUCAGACGAUUGUAUCGGCUGCGUUGGAAAAGUUGUUGAAAAGUAAGAAAAGUGAAAGCAGAACUCAGUCGGAGAUCAAGGAAACCGUUGAUAAGAUCAAAAAGGAGGAAGAAUCUCCGGUAAAACUGAGCUCGGAAUAUUCUCAGCUACUGGAAAUGAACGAAAAGGACGACUCGUCGGUUCCCAUGUCCAAAGAGCUGGAAUCGUUGGUUUCGCUCAAUAGUUCAUCCGAUUCUGUGGAAAUAAUUGGCGAAACGGUAAUCAAGAAGGAAAACCCCCCACCAUCACCACCGCCGUCGUUCAUCGGAGCGGGGACGUUCUCCCCUAAAGACCUCCUUUCCUUACUGAAGAAUCUCGAAUCGGAGAUAAAUAUAACCGAGCAGCACCUUAGCGACGAGAACGAGAAGCGCGCCAUGUUCAAGGUGGACGACUGUCGGCGGACCCACAACUAUGACGAAUUUAUUUGCACCUUUCUCUCGAUGCUGGCUCAUCAGGGAGAGCUCGGGGACCUCGUAUCACAGCAUCUGAUCACCAGCCGGAAGCCCAGCAUGAGUGGCGUUCAGAACAGUGGAUCUCGUGGAGUGGUACGGAACUACAACAAGAAGAGUACUACCAAUGGAUCGUCGCCGAAGACGCCCAACUCGAAGCGACGGCGCGGCAGAACCAAGUACCGGAAAAGGAAGUAAUUGCUUGGGCAAUUUGGAACGCAUUAUGAGACUGGAAGGCUGCUUAUCUCUUCUAAGCUAAGGAGGAGAGAACACGGCAUUUUUUUUAGCAGGUAUUUUAUGUCUUUAUUAUUCUUGGUACUGGGUGAUCAUCACUACGAACACUCGAAACAAUAAAUUUCCCAUUGUUUAGGAUCUGCUUGAGGCAAUA